AUGGACUAUUAUCGCGUUAAACUUCCCCUUGCAACGGUUGCGCCAUAUGAGCAUGCUGGCGAUGACGUAAACGACCCAAAUCACGUCUUGUACAUUAACCCUGCCGUCGACACCGUUGUUGUACUGGGUGACCUAGACUACAGCAGAAUCUCACGACUGCUGACUGGCUUGCGAGUCGGUGAUUUGGAGGGAAAGGGUCUGCAAAGUUUUGCUGUUAGUGCCAGCUGGACGUAUCAUCAAGGAGCUGGUGACACAAUCAGAAUGUUAGUCAAACACAUGUUUCCCGAACUAGAACAGAUGAUCGUGUUUAUGUAUGAUGAAAAAAUGCCUCCUGCGGACUGGGCUGGUGGAACGUGUGAGCUGCGAGAUUGCAGCCAUACAGACUACUAUAAACGGUAUGCAAUGGGAAGAGGCCAGCAAAUGAGGGAUGGUGAUUGGGAGAAAAGAGUUACAGGUGAUGGAACUGUGUUUUAG